AUGUUAGAAAGUAAUUAUUUUUUUUGUGAACCCGAUGCAUUAUGGAAUCGACGAAAACAAGUACAUCUCAUUCAACAGCAACGAAAUCAUUUGAGAAUACAAAAUAAACAUUUUUUUUUUAUAAAUUAUGAGCCAACAUUUCAUUGUUCAUUUGAACGUCGUUUUGGUAAUAUUGGUGAUGGUGGAAAAUGGAUAUGUGAUGUACAUCGUCUAGAAAAUAAACAAAAUUGUUUAGUAUACAUUUUUGGUUCAAAUAAUGACUUUAGUUUCGAGUAUGAUUUAAAAAAUUCGUUAAUUAACUGUGAUAUUCAUACAUUCGAUGUAAAUAAAUAUGAAUGUCCUGAAACUAUUUGUACAUUUCAUCAAAUAAAAUUUGGAAAUGGUAUUGAUCAUAAUACAAAAACAUUAGUUAUGAUUAUGGAUGAACU